AUGGAGUUAGGUCGCGGACUGGUCGUGAUCGCAAAAACGCCUGCUACGCCGGUUUUGUUAUCGCAAAGUGACGUAAUUGCUGCAAUUCCUCCUAAAUACCAAGUAUAUAGGAAUGGAUGUGAUAGGACUACAUCGAGCAGAUCACCCGACCAGUGUGAGGUGACAAGACUUUUGCACCAAUUGUGCAGUGGAGACACAUCGGGUACCCGGGUAGAACGUAAAACGGGCAUGAAGAACGCUCAACUGCUUUACGUAAACGGAACGAGUCCACGGUCACAGCCGUCCACGCCGCAACUGCUUCGAAUCCUUGAAGAGACAAUCCAAAAGAAAGUUCCAAAAUCCCUGUUGAAGAAGUCAGGAACUCGCGACGUAGAAAAAUGUCGACUGAGCUUUAAUAUAGGCGAGUCUAUCAGUGACAACCUGUUCCAAUAUAGGACUAAGUUUGUCCAGCACAUGCUCACCAGCCCAAUGUACGCUAACAGCGCUGUCGGGAAACCCUGGGAGAUGAUUGGCAGCGUUUCAGAGCAAAUCAUUGAUGAGCUUUUAUUGAGCUGCGUAAAGGACAUGGAACUGAACGAUUACAUCCUUGCGUUGUACAAGCAAGAAACUUUGUGA